AUGGCGUGCAAGGAUGAAGGGCAGAGGUUGGAGUUAAAGGAGAAAGAAAAAUGGUAUGUGGAUGAGGUGAAGAGGGUAAAAGCGAUGGUAAGAACUGUUUUUUGGACUAGGACAAGAUUAUUAAAAGUGGAAUACAAACAAUGGAAGAGUCUUCGGGGUAGAGAUUAUUUAUCGAAGCAAAGAAUGAAGAGGCUGGUGAGAGGCGGUCUGUCGAUUGUGUCUGAGAUAAGAGAGACUUUGAGGCUUUUCACGAGGCUUGUGACGGAACGGGAUAUGUUGCAGGAAAAGGACUAUAUAGCAAAAAUACCCAAGGCAAGGGGGGAUGAAGAUAGUAUUGCGUUCCAGAGGGAGUGCCGUGGGGAUUCGACUAAUCUACAUAAUUUCACAUCAAGAGAGGUUUCUUGGAAGAACGCGAGAUACUAA